UUUAUCGAAUAUAAAACAUAAAUUUUAUAUGAAGUCAAGCAAACCAGGCUGAUUUUAUUGUAUUUAUCUUAUUUCAAUCGAUUCCGUCAGUUUAAUCUGUAGGAAUCCCUUAUCUCCUCGUGAAUUUCAUCCUAUUAAGCGCUACCCGUGCAGUUCCUGCAUUUCAAAUUACCCAUUAGUAAAACUUGACUGCAGUUUAUAAUUUCACCGGAAUUAUCUUCCUUUACAUAUUGUUUCUCAGUGCCUGUUUUAACCAUCUGGGAUUAGUAGAACUAAUAAUCAAAUGAGGUCUGAUUUGAAAUUUUCUCCUCCCAGUUUUAUUUUGAAGGUAAUUCUCCUCGCUAACCUGUAUAACCUUACCGCUCAACGCUGACUUUGUUUGACCGAAAAAGGAACCAUUUUUAAUUCUGGGCAGUUUGAAUGAUACAAAUUCUUCUUCACUCAAUAACGAGUCGAAAAUACUAUUUUAUUCAACUUCUGUGUCAGUUUUGACAGAAAUUGACUCUUCUCUAAAACGGUUUCUUGGAGUUCUGGCUUGUAUUUUUAAUUUGAUUUUGUUUAUUAUGUUCGCAUUAAAAAAGAAGCUAAUGGCCAGCGAGAUUUUGAUUUGUGCCAACGCGCUGUUGGAGUUUCUUAUUUGCAUAGUAGUUCUCGUCAAAACCGAAUUAUCGAAUUUUCUUAUAAACUUUUUCUCUCAAAAACUGUUAUGCACGUUCGAAUAUUUUCCUUACACUUUUCUUACAACUAUGUCUUUCCUGCUAGUUAUAACAAUCAGUUUUAACCGUUAUGUAGCCGUUAAAAUGUCUUGGAAAUAUCAGACCUGGUUCUCAGUCUCGCAUGUCGUUCGUUGGCUUGUGGCAAUGACAAGCUUCGUUUUAAUCCAUAGCUCACCCGAAGUCCUCAUUUGUUUUGAGCUCUCCGAUUGGCUGAGCGAAUUCUAUCCCCGUUAUUGGCUAAUGUCGCGAGUGUUUCUCGUAUCAGUUUGUUGGGCGUCACUCUAUGCAGUCUACAAGGGUAUCUCAAACUAUUUCGCUCAUUCGUUUCUUGCGCCUUUGUACAAUCCCAAGAUUUUGCAUUCUCGGGAAUCCUACAAACCGGCCGCUAAUUCAGCUGACAAGCAAGAAAACGCUAUAAACGCAGGAAUGGCGGCAGACACCAAGUUGAAAAUGGAAGAUGUCACCAAAAACGGGAAUUCGAAUGGCGCGACAAAAGCUGAAGCGAAUGAACAUAUUUCAACUAGAGUUGUUGUGGAUUUUCCUUUAGAGCAACGCGAAGAAACUAUUAUUGACAAGAAAUUUCGUGCGAAUAGCCAUGAAAAUUUUGCCAGCGAAGACGAGCUAACUGUUGACAAAUCAGUGAGAGCACGACAGAAGUUGUCUAUCAAUCUGCCAAUUGAGCACUCUUCUAAAUGCAUUUCGGAUCCCUUUGAACUUGUCACAAAUCGAAAACGGAAAAUGUCGACAGUAGAACGAAAAGCUGCGUUGUAUCGUGUUUGCUCCGAAUACCGAAGCAGUCAAAACACUUCGCAAAUAUCGAUCAAUGUGAUUGAAGAUCCGGAAAAGGAAUCUGAAAACGGAAUUGAUUCGAGAUGCAAAAAGCUGUCGGAAAUUUCCGUGGGUCAAUUUAGUGUUUAUUCAGCCAUGUCUAUUAAUGAAGAGUACUGCAUGACUCAUGGCUCGACCAAUGACAUUCUUCUAGAUUCAAAUAAAUCGGAGGCGGUGUACGAAUCAUGUGAAAAAGUGAAUCUGAAAAAAGGAAAAAGCAAAGAGAGCGACUCUGCUCAACCCAACGGAGAAAAACGUGCCAGUCGCUUAAGUAAGCAUCAGGCGAAGAUAAAAAAGGCAUUGAAACGAAAGAAAUCACGAAACCAGAAACACAGUUACUUUCUCCCUUUUUAUUGUUUGUCUCCUGUAUGUGGUGAUUGUUCUUCCUCAGCUCAUCCUUCAAGUCGUGAACUAUUUUUCCUCAAGCGAAGUGAUAUCGCCACAAGUUGUCCUGCAAAUUUACGCCAUGACUGAAACAGUUUACCUGUUGAACUUUGUCAUCAAUCCUCUGUUGUAUUUUUUCUGCAGCAGCUACUUGUGCAAACAGUUCAAACAAAUUAGAACUUUCAUCAUGAGCAAGUGUUGCAACAAAGCAGCCUCGGGGCAAGCAAUAGUU